AUGGCAGUUGAAUCCCUGGAUAGAGAAGUUUUUACCACAAAAAGUGACGUGUAAGUGGAACAGAUAACUUUAAUCAAAAUACCAGUUUACAAUCUCUUUAAGUAUAUACGAUAGCUUUUUUUCUCAAAAUUAUUGUAUAGCAUAUUUUUGAAGUACGUUGUGAUAAUGAAAGAUUUAAUCAUAAAGAAAUUUGAUCUUUAAUGUUUCCUCUUUAUUUAUUUUCUGCUUGACAGCUACGUGAUUACCUAAACACAAAAUUUCCUCGAAUUCAGAGUAUUUUCAAUGGUAAAAGUAUGCAAAUGCUCUUCUCUUAAUGAAAAAAGAUCUGAAAUAAAUAGUAUUGUGAAUCAUAAAUGUGAUUAAUAAUUCUCGUAAACGUGUUUUAGUGUCUCUCUUUUGUUUUUAGGUGGAGUUAUGGCAUUGUCCUGUAUGAAAUAUUUACACUCGGUAAGUGAAAUUUUUGAAACUUUUGUGGAAGACAGGAGGUUUUUUUAACACCGAUUUUACUUACUGCUCCGUCAAUGUGACGUACCUUAACCUAGGUGAAAAAACUUCUUUUGGUGGACAGGAGAGUAUUCAGAAAUUGAUGACGGACAAUCCCUGUUAAAAUGACAAGUAUUGAUCCUGAGGGGUUGGUAUAGAAACCGUCAUUACCGAAGGUAUGGUAUGAUCGUAUGGGAUUCUCCUGAAAAGGGCAAAGUGGGGGGGAGGGGGAAGGGAGUUGGGUGGGUGGGAAGUUACCAUCGGAAGUCAAUAUGGUAAUGUUUCGAUUUGUCGAGCACAGCCGCCCAUCAGACCAUCGCUGCUUAUGGAAAAACAAGGAAUUGACAUCAAGCCUUGACGUUGAUUUCAGCUAUGGUUCAGUUUAACAUUUUCUUUUGGUAGAAAUAGCCCUCUAAAACUGAGAGAAAUGAAAUGAAUUUCUUUGAAGGUACAAUUAGUUUGCAGAAUUAAAAGGAAGCCCUUCUCACGUUUGUCAUUUUUGUAGGAAAUUACCCAUACUCAGAAAUGAAGGGACACGAAGUCCAUAAAUACGUGUCAGAUGGUCACAGACUAGAAAGAACGUCACGUGUGAGCCUAGAAUUGUACGUAAAAUCAAAUUUAAUUUUUAUUCACACUCGUCGGUAGGCCUCAGUUGAGGUUUUUUAUUAUAAUGAUGUGCAGCCAAUUCUUCAUAAAAAUAUACGUGCAUUAUAUUGGCAAUAUCUUCGUCGAAAGUCCCAACAACUAUGAGAACUAAAUUUUUUUUAAACCUGAGACUGCAGUUGUUGGAACUCUUGUUCACAUAUCUUAUUAUUUUUGGGCUGAAGGAAAUCAUUUGUUACAGCAUUUUAUUAUUUAGCGUCUUCUUAUAUCGAUACUCGGUUGAGGAAGGCUGAUCCCUGAAUUUACAGUUACUGUAGUUUUCAUCUAAGAGAAGAACGUCAAUUUUGCUUAGCUACAGAUUUGGAUUGGCUCAGAAAAACUCUGGCCACAUAUUUGACUAAUUAGGGGCAAAAUAAAAACAAGGGAAAUCUUAUCAUCUUGGUUGAGAUCUGUCAAGUCUGUACUCAAUGUUGUUAUGAGCUUUGGUUUUUCGAUCAGAAACUUCCUAGCUUUUCGCCAUCGUAAUUACUGCGGUUGUGGGCUUACCCCAAGCAAGCUGAUAACUAGUAAGAGUAGAGCAAGGUGAUAGUUUCUUAAUUUAUUUGGAUGAGAUUCUAUCUUUAAAUAACCGUAAGACGAAUUGAUUCCCACAGGUAUGACUUGAUGCUUCAGUGCUGGGACCAAGCGCCAUCCAGGCGACCGACAUUCGAAUCCAUUGCGACGUGGAUGGAAACUUAUACUCAUUACUAAUGCACUGAGAGUAGGAAUACCAGCCAGAUAAAAAGCACAGUACAGCACAGAGUUCAUCAAUUAAUUUAAAGCAAUCGAAAUGUUAGAAAUGUAAAAUAAAUAUUCAAACUAUAAUAGUAAGUAAGUAAGAAACCUUUAUUUCAAUAGGAUAGCUCCUUCAGUUUUUGCAAAACAUAAAAACUGUUAUCCAUAGCGGUCCUACAUAUAUGAUAACCUAAAUUGACUAGAAAUAAUGGUGAUACCCAAGUAUAUUUAAAAAUAGCUACAAAAUGUUAUAAAAAGGACUUAAAAAUUAAAUUACCAGAAAAAUCAUAAAAAUCUUACAAACUGAUUAAAAAUUACACAGCCAUGAUAAAAAGGCCUUUUUCGUACAUUCUAACUUUAUAGACGGAAGUCUAAGUUUACCACUGCUCCUUGUUGUUCUGGGCAAUACAUCUUUGUUAUAAUUAAAGUAGUGCAUAAAAACUAUGAACAACGGUUGCUUAAGCAAUAAAAGCAUUGCGCAGCCAAUCAGCUGCAGCCGAUGAAAUCGACGUG